AUCCUGCACAUGCACACCAUGCCCCCACACACAGGGGGUGGAGCCUGCAACACAGGCAUGUGCCCUGACUGGGAAUUGAACUGGAGGCCUCUUGGUUCCUGGCUUGCGCUCAACUGCUGAACUACAUCAGCCCAGCAUGAGUCCAAACUCUUGCUGAAUUUGAGUAAAUUAUAAAGUGGAGAAAGUUAAUGUAAACAAUCUCACAUUGUUCCUGCUAUGCCAGUACUAAGUAAACAAUAGCUGAUCUUUCCACCAGCCCACUAUGCAAGCUGAUAACUUUCCUCAUCUAGACAUGGACGAUGACAUUAUCCCUGUCUUGGAGAGAUUUGGGGGACUAGUAAAAGCCAGGAGUGUGAAUAGAUGUGCUGAAGUGUUUCAUAUUCACUGUAAGUCUUGGGGCCCACGGGGCAUAUAUUUAUGGAGGAGGAUGCCAGGAAGAGUUUCAGAAGGGUUAGCCUUUGAGCUGAGCUUUCAAAAGUGUUCUAGAUGGCCAACGGGUCUCUUGAAGUAGAGGACAAGGUGAUGUUAAAGGGAGAAAGGGCUGGGGGCAACUCAGAUAGCUAUCAUCCCCUUUAUGACUUACCUCUGUGACCUCUUCCUUCUGCCUUGCAGAAUGAGGUGUGCCCUACUCUGGGGCACAUGACUGUUGUAGCUUUGCAGUGAAUAUUAAAGGCGAUCACAGUGAAGAUAUCCACUAUAGAAUAUGGCAGCUGCUCACUCAGCCCUCACAGGACAGCAUUGCCUGGGUGAGCCAGCCAAAACUCGUCAUGGAUCCAUCUCCUCUGAUCUGGAUCCCCUAAAACCAAAGUUGCUCCCUGAUGAGAACGGACUGGGUGGUUUCCAAUCAGCUGGCCCUCUCCUGGGGACACGUCUUUUGGGAAGCCCAGUCACCAGCCAGUGGGGGGUUGGGAAGGGUGAUCUGCAGGGAUGGGGUUGGCUGGACACCUAGGUGGAGGACCCACCUUCACUGAAUGGGCAGAUCUAGCCAGAGACAACACAAAGCUGGCUUUUUGGACCAGGUACUCUACCCUGGAGUUUGCUUAAAUGGGCACUGCUAGAGUUUACCUCUCUAACUACCCAUAUUUCCAUGACCAAUAGACAACCAGUUUGAUAACACGGGGUCAUGAUGUUAACAGUGUUUGUGUUUAAGAGUGGGGCCUUGGAGUCAGCUCUGGGCUCCACUGCUGGCUCUGUGAUGAGGCAAAUUCUGUAACAUCUUGAAGUCUCAUUUUAUCUCACCUGUGACUUGAAGAUACUACUUUGCCACACCCCCAAAAGGAUUGCUUAGUCUUGUCUUGAGAGCUAUGCAUAAAUGCAGUUACAUUUUUUUUCUGCAGUUGACAAAGAUGGUCUGUUUUUGUAUUUCCAAGUUAUUGUGGGGUGGGGGAAGGGAGAAGUGCGUUCUGUGCUGGAUCAUUGUUUCCUGCAUAUACAGGUCUUUCAAAUCUGUCCCCAAGGACCUGCUCCUAGCCCCAUCUGUCAGGCCCUGCAGAUGCAAUCCCGCCUCACCAGGCUCCAGCCACACUGGCAUCCUUUUAGUUCCCCAGAAAGGUUCUUACCCUCCUCAGGGCUGUUGCUGAGACUUGCCUCUCCCUGGAAUGCUAUUUCUCCCCUCUUCCCUGACCAACUCCUGACCUUUGCAUUUUGUAAGGUGUUGGCUUCAAUGUCACCUCUUCAGAGAAUAUUGACUGCCUUAUCCAAAAUAUGCCGCUUUCCUGGCUGUAGUUCAUUGCCCGUACCAUACUUACAGCUGUUAUAUACCUUUGUUGCUUACUUUUUGUUUCCUCUCCACUGGGCUCUAAACUCCAUGAGGUCAGGGAUCACCUAGGUCCUAGCCCAUUGCCUAGGACGUGGUCCUCUAUAAAUACGGUGAAAUGACUGGAGCCCCAGAAAUGCUCAAUGAGAAACCAUGGCACUGGUAGUAAUUGGCAACCCGGUACUGUGCGCUUCUGCCAUCAGUGCUCUCAUCAAGGGUGUGGGGCAGGUGAAGUUCUGAGUUCGCCUGCUGGAACCAGUCAACCGCGGCCUGAUUGUGGUAAGGAAUGGUUUCCAAGGCGACAAUAAACAGAGGGCGGAGCCUCGAACCCUAGGACCCUGCUCUGCAAUCCCGCGAGAGGCAGCAGUGCGGGGCGCAGGGAGGGCGUGCGAGCGCGGUAAGGCGCAUGCAGGGCCCCUGCUUGGCGCUGAUCCGGAGCGCCGGGGACCUGAGGGUCAGACACCCGUGCUCCACCACCUGGUUCCGCCUGGAGGGCGGCCCGGUAUGCAACUGGCCGCAGAAGCUGCAGCCGCCUGAGCCACGCACCAGUCACCCCGUCCCGUGGCCCUGGGCACGCCGCUCGGAGUUUCGGCCUCUAGAGACGCUGCCAUGGCCCAGGCCCGCCUGCGCCUGGUCCGAUGGGGCUCGUGCUGGUAGCAAAAGCCUGGCCGGCAGCCGCGCCAUCCAGUCGCUCGCCCAUGGCACUCAUGCCCAGGGCACCGCAGAUCUACGCCCCCUCGGGCGCCCGCACACCCGAGUCCUUGAUGAUGCCCCGCUGCAGGACGGUUCCCUGGUCCUCUGGCCAGGAUUGUCCAAGGACUCUCCGCACAUGGGCCGGCUCAGAAACGCCAAGAUCCAUGUGGAGAGAGCUGUCAAGCAGAAGAAGAUCUUUAUGAUCCAAGGCCAUUACCCGGUGAUCCGGUGCCUCUUGCGCCGCAGGGGCUGGGUGGAGAAGAAGAUGGUCCAUUCGUCGGGCACCACCCUGCUGUCACCCCAGAAGCAUCUGAACAGCUCAGUGACGGGUGAUAGCGACAUCACUGAGGAUGACGAUCAAGAUGAGGACGAGGUAUUCCAGCUACCACAACUCUUCAAUGGUGAUGUACUGGAAUUGGACAACCUAGAUGGGACACAUGCUGUGAUGGUGGGUCUAUGUCUCAAUCUCCGGAAUUUGCCAUGGUUUGAUGAGGCUGAUGCUGACUCCUUCUUCCCACGCUGCUACCACCUGGGGGUUGAGGAAGACAAAAAGGCCUUCAUAGAGGACUUCUGGUUGACAGCUGCCCGCAACGUUCUCAAGCUGGUGGUAAAGUCCGAAUGGAAGUCAUGUUCUAUCCAGGCAAAAGAGGAAGAGGCCCCAGCAGGCAAGCAGCCCAAGAAACUGGAGAAAAAGCCAGUGAUGCUGACUCCAGAGUUUGUGGAUGAGGCGCUCUGCGCCUGCGAGGAGCACCUUAACAACCUGGCCCACCUGGACAUUGACCGGGACCUGGAGGCCCCACUGUUCCUCAGCCCUGAGGGCUGGUCCCUCUUCCUACAGCGCUACUACCAAGUGAUCCACGAGGGGGCAGAACUCAGUCACCUGAAGGCUCAGGUCCAGCGCUGUGAGGACAUCCUGCAGCAGCUGCGGGCCUUGGUGCCCCAGAUAGACAUGGAAGGAGAUCGCAACAUCUGGAUCGUGAAGCCAGGAGCCAAGUCCCGUGGCCGAGGCAUCAUGUGCAUGGACCACCUGGAGGAGAUUCUGAAACUGGUGGACGGCAACCCCAUGUUGAUGAAGGAUGGCAAGUGGGUUGUGCAGAAGUAUAUCGAGCGGCCCCUGCUCAUCUUUGGCACCAAGUUUGACCUGAGACAGUGGUUCCUGGUGACUGACUGGAACCCACUUACUGUGUGGUUCUACCACGACAGCUACAUCCGCUUUUCCACGCAGCCCUUCUCCCUGAAGAACCUGGACAACUCAGUGCACCUGUGCAACAACUCCAUCCAGAAGCACCUGGAGAAUUCGUGCCAUCGGCACCCGAUGCUGCCCUCAAACAACAUGUGGUCGAGCCAGAAGUUCCAGGCCUACCUGCAGGACAUGGGGGCCCCAAAUGCCUGGUCCGGUGUCAUCGUGCCUGGCAUGAAGGCUGCAGUGAUCCAUGCUCUGCAAACUUCCCAGGACACUGUGCAGUGUCGGAAGUCUAGCUUUGAGCUUUAUGGCGCUGACUUUGUGUUUGGUGAAAACUUCCAGCCCUGGUUGAUUGAGAUCAAUGCCAGCCCCACCAUGGCGCCCUCCACGUCUGUCACCGCCCAGCUGUGCGCCGGUGUACAAGCCGACACCCUGCGUGUGGUCAUUGACUGGCGGCUGGACCGAAACUGUGACACGGGAGCCUUUGAGCUCAUCUACAAGCAGCCUGCCGUGGAGGUGCCUCAGUAUGUGGGUAUCCGGCUCCUCGUAGAGGGCUCCCCCAUCAAGAAGCCCACGGCGAUGUGUCACCGGCGGACAGGAGUCCACACAGCGCUGCCUCACCUGCUGACCCGGCAAGGCUCUGGGGAAGCCCCUUACCACUUCCCCAGCCUCCACAGCAAGGUGCAGCUGCCUUCUCUCCAUGUGCGCCGACCCCAGGGGCAGGUCCUGAGACUGCAGCACAACAAGCUGAUGGGCUCUCAGGCCCUGUUGACCACAGGCAAGCCCUUGAUGAUUCUACCUACCGCCAAGAUUUUUAUACCCCUCCCACCUAACCCCGAGCUCAAGCAGGCACCCAUCAUCAUGAAACCAAGAAAGGCACCGAGGCUGUUGCUUCUAAGCGCGUUCACGGUCCUCAUCGUGGAGGUGCCUUGCGGCCUCUACCCUUUGAAGUUGGAAAGCUUCCUAGCACACAUAGGAGUAACAAGGCCAAAGGCGACUUCAAGGCCAGACUGUGACAGACCCAAGACAGAAGCAUACCCCAUGAAGGUGCUGAACCUUCCGGGCCCCCUGCCUCUGAUCAGUGCACACCAGGGGUUGUGGGAUAUGGGGGAUGUGAAGCUAGAGAAGCCCUUGCUUCAGGCCUCACAGUCCCUAUCGGAUACAGCACCAAAUAAAAAGGAGCAAGUAAAGUAUUGUUGGCUUGGCUCCAUUUCUAUGGAGGGUGAGGAGAGGAUAGUGGGGGGCUCUGUACCCCAAAGCCCACAAGAGUUAGAGGCCAUCAGCAACUCCUCCAGGAAGCAAGGCCCCGAGUUCCCACAGAGUGGCAGACAUGGUGCUUCCUGCUCAGGAACUCUCUGAACUUUGGGUGGAUAAGUCUUACUUUACAGAUGAAACUGAGUCUGAAUGAGGAGACAUGGCUUUCCCAAGAUCAUGGGGGCAGUGGGAAGAAGUUGGGAUACACUGCCAGAAUGGCUGACCACUGGGAGUCCCCCAAACCCCCAAGACCAAAGGAGGGGCUAGGCUGGCAUCUAAUGCACACAGAUUUACAAUGUGAGACAUAGCAGGAAGGGUGGACCUUGCCUGAACCCCAGCCCUUCUCCAGAGAUAGUGGGUCUGUCCCUUCCUCACAAGAGGCCUAAAAGGAAGAUAUCCAACAAGCCAUGUCCAUCUGAAAAGUUAGGUAUUUCUUAGUUGAAAUGUAUUGAAUGGUACACCCCACCCCAAGAUAUGUCUACCUAGAACCUGCUAAUGAUUUUAUUUGGUAAAAGGAUCUUUGUAGAUGUAAGAUCUUGACAAGAUCUUGAGAUGAGAUCAUCCUAGAUUAUCCAGGUGGGCCCUCAAUCCAAUGAUAAGUGUCCUUAUGAAAAGAAGACACAA